CAUACAUUCAUGUGUGUAUAUAAACAUCUUUACCCUUCCGAAUUCUGCAGGAUCUCCCGUUCAUCUCCCACCAGUGUCUUGUUCCGUGCUUAAACCCUGAAGAAGACUCGGACACUCUUGCUCGCGAAAGAUGGCGGACGUGUUGCUGGCCAACGGCGUCGACCGGAACGUGAUGUUGGCGAUCGACGAGAGCGACUACAGCCACUACGCGCUCAUGUGGGUGCUCGACAACCUCAAGGAGUCCGUCGAGCGCUCCACGCUCCUCAUCUUCAUGGCUCACCCUCCUCCUCGACCCGUCAGCACUUUCCAAGCCUCCCUCAGCUCUGCUCGCGUGUAUUGCUCUGUUUCACCCACUCCGGACUUUGUCAAGUCUGUGGAAGCAAACAAUAAAAAGCUCACUUCGGCCUACUUGGAUAAAGCUAAGGAAAUUUGUGCUAACCGAGGGGUAAGGGCUGAAACAAUUGCAGAUGUCGGGGAUCCUAAAGUGGCCAUAUGCGAUGCCGUUCUAAAGUACAACGUUAGUCUUCUCGUUAUGGGUGAGCGUGGAAUUGGAAAGAUAAAAAGGGCUCUAAUCGGGAGUGUGAGCAACUACUGUGUUCAAUAUGCCAAAUGCCCAGUGCUUGUGGUGAGGAAACCGUAAUAGAGGAUAGUGAGUGAUGGGAAAUAGAAGACCGCCACUUAGGGAUAGAAGAAUUGCCGGUCACAGUUUGUACCUUUUUCUUUCUUUGCUCAGAGUUCAAUGUACGACAGACCAAUGUUUCAAACCUCAAUGGAAGUUCUUCCGCAAGUUUAUCCAGAUACCGAUAUGCAGCGCUGAUCGCUCUUCAGGCGGGGCCAAGAACACGACACCCUUCCUUCGCCUAUCUUUGGCUGCUGGCCGAGAUAACCGGCGACCGCUGCUGUACUUUCUUCUAUUUUGCAUAUGGCAAUUGGCAAAAGUUCUUAACAAA